CCGUGGUCCAGCCGUGGCGCAGCUCCUCUGACGGGCUGGUCGACGCCAGUGCGCAGCCGCAGGCGGGGUGACGAAGAUGGUGCUCAUCAAGGAAUACCGUGUGCUGUUACCAGUCUCUGUGGAAGAGUAUCAAGUGGGACAGCUAUAUUCUGUUGCUGAGGCCAGCAAAAAUGAAACCGGAGGAGGAGAAGGCAUUGAGGUGCUCAAGAAUGAACCCUAUGAAGAGGAUGGAGAAAAGGGACAGUACACACACAAAAUUUAUCAUUUAAAAAGUAAAGUACCUGCUUAUGUAAAGAUGAUAGCACCAGAAGGUGCGUUAGUUUUUCAUGAAAAAGCCUGGAAUGCCUAUCCAUACUGCCGCACCAUUGUUACGAAUGAGUACAUGAAAGAUGACUUCAUGAUAAAGAUUGAAACGUGGCACAAACCAGACAUGGGAACAUUAGAAAAUGUUCACAACUUAGAUGAACAGACAUGGGGGACUGUAGAGGUGGUCCCAAUUGAUAUUGCAAAUAAUGAAGAAGUAGCCACAGCGGAUUAUAAGCCAGAAGAAGAUCCUACUAUUUUCCACUCUGCCAAGACGGGCAGAGGACCCCUUGGUCCAGAAUGGAAGAAUGAACUGAAGGAAGAUUGUCCUCACAUGUGUGCAUACAAAUUAGUCACUGUCAAAUUUAGAUGGUGGGGUCUGCAAACAAAAGUGGAAAACUUCAUUCAUAGGCAAGAAAAGCGCAUUUUCACCAACUUCCAUCGUCAACUAUUCUGCUGGAUUGACAAAUGGGUGGGUUUGACUAUGGAGGACAUCCGGCGAAUGGAAGAGGAGACUCAGAAAGAACUUGAAGAGAUGCGUCAAAAAGGAGAAGUGAGAGGCACCUCUGCAACAGAUGAUUAAAGAUCCAAUAGUUCAAACUCUAGAAGCAGGCUGACUGCGUAAAACAGGUCCGAUUCGAGGCACCAGUGCUGCUCAUGAGCAGUGAGGCAAAACAACCAAACCCCGGCAUGAUGUCAUCAGAGACACGUCUACGCUGAUGCGGAAGGGCUCCCCGACACUCUUCUUGUCUCCCGUGAUUCAUUGGGGGGGUUUGACAGAUUGGUUAUGCGUACUGUACAGAUACUACCACAAUCACAUGCCUCCCACUCUUAGACAAAUAUACCUGUUUAUAAAUAAGAAAAAAAGUUCUUUGCACUGAACUCAAAUUGCCUGAAAUAUGUAUUGUUAGUUUAUCAUUAUUAUUAUUAUUAUUAUUAUUAUUAUUAUUAUUAUUAUUAUUAUUAUUACAACAAUGGGCUUUCUUGACCUUCAUUUGUCUCAGACUUGGAUAGUCAUACAUUUAUUUUUUUUAAGAAUCAGAAUGUUAUUAUUAGCUAUACACAAGUACCCAUAAAGGUAGUAUUAUGUGACAGAAGUGACAGAAAAUAAUUGUAUUCACACCCUCCCUGUAAAUUACAGUUUCAAACCUUAUCUUUCCACUAAAUGUGUUUUUAAACCAGGAUAAAUGUCAUGAUCCAUUUGUUUUGUCUAUCCUUUUUAAGCUGAAAAUACAUAUUGUAUAUUUGUUUGUAUUUUAAUUUAAAUGAAGGUAUUUGUCCUAGUAAUCUUGAAGUUUUCAUGCAUAGGACUUUUAUCUCAUACUUAUACCACAGGGAACACACUUUUCCACACGGUCACAUGCGUGUAAUCCUUUCACAAGCGCAUGUAGAUAACGACUCCUCAUCAGCGAUCAUUGCAUAACUCUUCAAUGACACUGAAUCAUUUGUCAGUGAAAGAGAAGGUCAAGGGACCUUUGAGGAGUCUGUUAAGUUGUGUGUUUAUUUUGGUUGGGAUGAAACUUCACUCUUGAUUGUCAUUCUGCGAACUCCUCUGUUCAACUUUAUUAGUUCUCCCACUCAUGAUCAGCCAGUGGACCUUGCCUCAUGCUGAUGCUGCAUGUCCUUUUUCCUUGGCCAGGGCUUUAUUUGAAGCGCUUGCAGCCUUCACAAAAGCUUUUCUAUUUUACUAAAACAAUUGAAGCUGAGAGUUUGUGCAUCUUUGUGUCCAUUCGUCUGGCUAUAAAAUCUUCUUUGAACUAACAGGGCUACUGGCUCCAGACAAGGCAGAUGUGCAAUGAUUUUGCAGUUGUGGAUGUUUGUAUUGUAGUAUUUUGAUUUUCACCCUGUAUACUAAUUAAAAUAGCAUUUCAGUACCUUAACUUUUAGACAAUGUUAUCCAUCUAAACUUGGUUAAGGUAUAAACUUUGUAAAGUGAGUUAUACUGUAUUCUUACAGUGAUCUGAAAGUGAUCUGUAUAUUUUGCUUCACUGCUUUCAGGCUAAAUUUAGUUUUUUUUUGUUUUGCUAUUAACUUAAUUCAAACCCUUUUGGAAUGCAAUGAUUUUUAUGAUGACAGAUGUCUUUUUUCAUGUAACCUCUAUGGUUUACAUUAGGCAGAUUUAAUAAGUGUACUUUUUACUAGGCCCAAAGUAUAGGUGUAAAUACCACUUACUUGAAUUACAUAGUCAUAGUUACUUGUGAACACUUUCUCAUUACUGUAGUGUUAUAGGUAAAUGCAAUGCACAGUAUGCUAUUAAUUACAUUAUAUAGAAUGAGUAUGCAUAUUGUUCAUUGUUUUUAUGCCAUGGUUUACUGUACCUCAUCCAUGCUUAUGAAUGUACAGCUUUUUGAUGGAGACCAAUGUCAUAAUAGAACUGCAGAGACUUACAUGUUAUACACAUGUACUAGCAUGACAUGAACCCAUAUGUCACUGGUAUUUAAUGUUAAUAAAUUCCAUACAUUACUUUUCCACAA